UUAAAAAAACCAAAUAUAUUUGAAAUUAAAAGGAAGGUCGAGUCAAUAUAACAGUUACAUAUCUUUAUUAAGAAUUCAAUUUCAUUUUCAACAAAAUAAUGUCUUGCAAAUAGAAUUUUCAAAUAAAAAGCUUAUCCAAAUGAUUGAUGUAGUUGCAGCAAGUACGUAGUAAAAAACCAAUACACCAUCUCACAUUCUCACUCCUCCCAGGCAUACUGUCUCUCUCUCCUCUCUCUCUCUCUCUCUCUCUCUCUCCUACCGUCAUGCUGUAGCACUUCUACAAAUUAGUCUGAAGCAAGGAAGCCACACCAUCUCUCUCUUUAAGGCGCCAAGAGAUCGAUAUCAUGAAAACACAUCAACCAAAGCUCAAAACCACACCAGGUCCACUCUUCUCCUGUGGUUUCUUCCGCCAUUGUACUCAAACCGUCCUCAGUCCCACCACCUCUAACCCCCCAACCCUUCCUCCACCGGAAUCUGACCCACCACCACCUCCUCCUCCGCCACAUCCUUCUGACCCACUACCCCAACAACCUCCACACGCAGAAUCAGAGUCCUCUUCCUCCUCAAACACCUCCCAGAGUUUCACUCAGUGGAGAUUCCCGCUCUCAAACUCGCCCAUCUCACACCACCCACACCCACCGACGGAAUCUGACGUACUUUUGAAUUCCCGGUCUGACCCACCUCCGCAAACCACCCACCAGUCUGACCCGCCGCGGCCGUUGCCGGCGCUUUCAACCACCAACCUCCAGGAGCUCUUCCACGUGGCGGAGCUCGAACUCAGUUCCGAGUCGCACUCGGACAGGGUGAAGGCGCUUUACAUGCUGGAGCGGUCACUGGUCCCGAACCCGCCCGCGGCCGUGGACGGCGGCGAGGGGAUGUGUCCGGCGGCGGUGAUGAAGUGGGUGGUGGGGUAUUUGAAGGAAAGGGAAGGGGCAAAACCGGCAACGAAGAUCUUGCUGGCGCUUUGUCUGGCGGAGGGGAACAGACACGUGGCGGUGGAGGCGGGUGCGGUGGCGGGGGUGGUGGAGGCGCUGGCGGACCUAGAGGGUGCGGCGGCGGAGAGGGCGCUGGCGGCGCUGGAGCUGCUUUGCAUGGUGGCGGAGGGGGCGGCAGAGGUGAGGGCCCACGCGCUGGCAGUGCCGAUGUUGGUGCAGGUGAUGGGGAAGAUGGCGGGAAGGGGGAAGGAGUAUGCCAUCAGCGUCUUGGCGGUGAUUUACAGUGGUGAGUCAGGCGAAGGGGUGGCGGCGCCGCCGGAGCAGGUGGCGCGUGCGGUGGUGCUGGCGUUGCAAGGUGACUGUACUGCCAGAGGGAGGAGAAAAGGGGCCCAGCUUCUGAAGACUCUGGAGGAGAAUGAACGACCAGAUUUGACCCAGGAAGAAAAAUAGACGGCUGUGAUUGGUCAUGGUUGUAGUCAAAGGACCAAUAAACCUACGUGUUGUUGAUAUCUCAAAGACCAUGACAUGUUUAUGUUAUGUUAGGGCUCUGUACUUCACUUUCACAUGUACAAAAUGUUAGCCUUUAAUUAGAAGAGUUUGUUUAUAUAUUGUUUAGUUUAUGGACCUAAAAUAA